AUGUCAGGCUUCAUGGCAUUUGGCUUAGAGGCACGAGAUGCCGCGUCAGAUGCCCACAAGGCCACAGUUGAAUUAUGGACGUUAUAUUCAAUUGGUGUUGCCGUCACAAUUCUUAGAACAUAUGCUCGGUCGAGGACCGGGGGAUUGAGGAAUUUACGACUUGACGAUUACCUCGUAUGGGUUGCAAUUAUCCUCUAUACUGCACAGGCGUCGCUUGCACAUAGUGUGGGCAAUGUGUCUAAUGGUCUCGCCAACAAUGGAAUGACACCCGCCCAGCGAGAGGCACUAUCGCCUGACGACCCAAUGUACCACGCCAGAGUGAUCGGCUCCAAGAUUCAGAUUGCGGGCUGGACUACUUAUGUAGCAUUGAUUAAUGCACUCAAAUUGUCCAUGUUGGCAUUCUACGUUCGCCUGAUGGAGGGCCUGGGCCGGCGUUAUCAAAUUCCCAUAUAUGUCGGAGUCGCCUUUGUCCUGGGGAGCUUUCUCGCGAGUGUCAUCACGAUCUUUGGCGCAUGUCGACCAUUCCACAAAAACUGGCAGAUCAAUCCAGACCCCGGCAAUGUGUGCCAACCAGCCAUUUCCAAGCCGGUCAUCGCAGUAACCUUCGCCGCAAACCUCCUUACCGAUCCAUACCUUAUAUUUAUCCCAAUUCCCAUGCUUUGGCAAUCUAGUCUGAAGCCUUUGAAGAAGAUCGCCGCCACUAUCGUACUCAGUGCAGGUGUCUUUAUUCUUGUCUGCGCCACUAUUAAGAGUGUGUUUCUCCUAGUGAAACCUGAAGAUGGUGCAAAACUCGCCGAUGAAUGGGGCACUCGCGAAACUUUCGUCGCAGUCGUCACGACCAAUCUUCCCAUGAUCUUUCACCUAUUCAGAAUCUGGCUCAGCCAAAUUCUCGGCAGCCAGUUUCAGUUGUCUCAGAAGACACAUAAAUCGCCCUCGAAUGGUUUCCGGAGCAUUGGUGGCGGAGGUGACUACGCCAGUCGGAAGAGUCGCGGGGAUGCGAGUACGGAUCCUAUGACCAUUGGCAUGUCAUUUACCGAGAGUGAGGAACGGAUGAUGGAAGAUGUUAAGAUGCAGAACAUAAAGACAUAUCCGGCCGCUCUGAAUGGCAAAACGUCCACGGGUGCUAUCAUGGUCUCCAAUCAGAUUGAUAUCACCCAUGAGACUCGACCUAGUCAAAAGAGUGAACCGCCUGUGAAAAAUGCUCCCCCGACAUGGUAG